AUGUCUUUCGACACCGAGAAAUUUAUUCAAGAAAUUGAAAGGCGAAGAGCAAUCUGGGACGUAUCUUGUGAGGAGUACAGUGACCGUGACGUGAAAGAGAAGAAGAUGGGAGGAAAUCGCAAAUAUAAUGUAAAGAAGCAGAAAAGCAACGACGACGGAUUGAUUGAUGUACUACAACAGAGUAUCGCACUGAGGGAGGAGCGUGAAAGGAACCAAGAAUCUGAUUCAGAUAGACUAUUUCUGAUUUCAUUACUAGAAGACAUGAAAAAGAUUCCGGAACAACGCAAGCUUUUAUUGACGUCAUAA